AUGAACCCUACACCUCACCAAGUGCUGCUGGACACACGCUAUGAGCUGCCAUUCGGUACGGGCCAUGCACACGCACGUAUCCACGCACUCACACACACAUGCACACACACACACACACACACACACACACACACACCAAAAUACACAUACUUUGGAUACCCGUGAAGAAAUAUACAUUCUUCGGUCCUGUCUGUGUCAGUAAUGUCCGUUUUAAUAAUAUAAUAAUAUAAUAUGCCAUUUAGCAGACGCUUUAAUCAAAAGCGACUUACAGUCAUGUGUGCAUACAUUUUUACGUAUGGGUGGUCCCGGGGAUCGAACCCACUACCCUGGCGUUACAAGCGCCAUGCUCUACCAAUUGAGCUACAGAGGACCACACUUAAGUUGUCUGUGUCAAUCAAUCAAAUGUAUUUAUAAAGUCAUUUUUACAUCAGCAGUGCUUAUACAGAAACCCAGCCUUAAACCCCAAACAGCAAGCAAUGCAGAUGUAGAAACACAGUGGCUAGGAGAAACUCCCAUGAAAGGCAGGAACCUAUGGAGAAACCUAGAGAGGAACCAGGCUCUGAGGUGUGGCCAGUCCUCUUCUGGCUGUGCCGGUGGAGAUUAUAAGAGUACAUGGCCAUUAAAGCCAGAUUGUUCUUCAAGAUGUUCAAACGUUCAUAGAUGACAGGCAGGGUCAAAUAAUAAUCACAGUGGUUAUAUAGGGUGCAACAGGUCAGCAACUCCGGAGUAAAUGUCAGUUGGCUUUCCAUAGCCGAGUAUUCAGAGGUCGAGACAGCAGGUGCGGUAGAGUGAGGGGGAGAGAGAGCUGGAAAAGGGACAGCAGGUGCGGUAGAGUGAGGGGGAGAGAGAGCUGGAAAAGGGACAGCAGGUGCGGUAGAGUGAGGGGGAGAGAGAGCUGGAAAAGGGACAGCAGGUGCGGUAGAGUGAGUGGAGAGAGCUGGAAGUGACAGGCGGUGCGGUAGAAGGAGGGGGAGAUGAGGAGUGGAAAAGGGACAGCAGGGCGGUAGAGUGAGGGGGAGAGGAGAGAGAGCUGGAAAAGGGACAGCAGGUGCGGUAGAGUGAGGGGAGAGAGAGCUGGAAAAGGACAGCAGGUGCGAGAGUGAGGGGGGAGAGAGCUGGAAAAGGGACAGCAGGUGCGGUAGAGUGAGGGGGGAGAGAGAGCUGGAAAAGGGACAGCAGGUGCGGUAGAGUGAGGGGGAGAGAGAGCUGGAAAAGGGACAGCAGGUGCGGUAGAGUGAGGGGGAGGAGAGAGCUGGAAAAGGGACAGAAGGUGCGGUAGUGAGAGUGAGGGGGAGAGAGAGCUGGAAAAGGGACAGCAGGUGCGGGUUAGAGUGGGAGGGGAGUGUUUAGAGUGAGAGAGAGCUGGAAAAGGACAGCGGUGGCGGUAGAGUGAGGGGGAGAGAGAGCUGGAAAAGGGACAGCAGGUGCGGUAGAGUGGGGGGGGAGAGAGAGCUGAAAAGGGACAGCAGGUGCGGUAGAGUGAAGGAGGGAGAGAGGAGCUGGAAAAGGGACAGCAGGUGCGGUUUAGAGUGAGGGGAGAGAGAGGCUGAAAAGGGACAGCAGGUGCGGUAGAGUGAGGGGAGAGAGAGCUGGAAAAGGGACAGCAGGUUGCGGUAGAGUGAGGGGGAGAGGAGAGACUGGAAAAGGGACAGCAGGUGCGGUUAGAGUGAGGGGGAGGAGAAGCUGGAAAAGGGACAGCAGGUGCGUAAGAGUGAGGGGAGAGAGAGCUGGAAAAGGGACAGCAGUGCGGUAAGAGGGGAGAGAAGCGUGGAAAAGGGACAGCAGGUGCGGAGAGUGAGGGGGAGAGAGAGCUGGAAAAGGGACAGCAGGUGCGGUGUAGAGUGGGGGGGAGAGGAGAGAGAGAGCUGGAAAAGGGACAGCAGGUGCGGUAGAGUGAGGGAUGAGAGAGUGAAAGGACAGGUCGGUAGAUGAGGGGAGAGAGAGCUGGAAAAGGGACAGCAGGUGCGGUUAGAGUGAGGGGAGAGAGGAGAGAGGCUGGAAAAGGGACAGCAGGUGCGGUAGAUGAGGGGAGAGAGAGCUGGAAAGGGCAGCAGGGGGGUAGAGUUGAGGGGGAGAAGAGAGAGCUGGAAAAGGGACAGCAGGUGCGGUAAGGUAGAGUGAGGGAGAGAGAGCUGGAAAAGGGACACAGGUGCGGUAAGAGUGAAGGGGAGAGAGAGCUGGAAAAGGGACAGCAGGUGCGGUAGAGUGAGGGGGAGAGAGAGCUGGAAAAGGGACAGCAGGUGCGGUAGAGUGAGGGGGAGAGAGAGCUGGAAAAGGGACAGCAGGUGCGGUAGAGUGAGGGGGAGAGAGAGAGCUGGAAAAGGGACAGCAGGUGCGGUAGAGUGAGGGGGAGAGAGAGCUGGAAAAGGGACAGCAGGUGCGGUAGAGUGAGGGGGAGAGAGAGCUGGAAAAAGGGACAGCAGGUGCGUAGAGUGAGGGGGGAGAGAGAGGCUGGAAAAGGGACAGCAGGUGCGGUGAGAGUGAGGGGGAGAGAGAGCUGGAAAGGGACGCAGGUGCGUAGCGGUGAGGGAGAGAGAGCUUGGAGUUGGAGAUGGUGUGUAGAGUGAGGGGGAGAGAGAGCUGGAAAAGGGACAGCAGGUGCGGUUAGAUAGAGUGAGGGGGAGAGAGAGCUGGAAAAGGGACAGCAGGUGCGGUAGAGUGAGGGGAGAGAGAGCUGGAAAAGGGACAGCAGGUGCGGUAGAGUGAGGGGGAGAGAGAGCUGGAAAAGGGACAGCAGGUGCGGUAGAGUGAGGGGGAGAGAGAGCUGGAAAAGGGACAGCAGCGUGUGUGGUGAGUAAAGGGAGGGGAGAGAGAGCUGGAAAAGGGACAGCAGGUGCGGUAGAGGUGAAGAGGUGAGAGAGGGUAGAGUGGGGGGAGAGAGAGCUGGAAAAGGGACAGAGUUGCGGUAGAGUGAGGGGGAGAGAGAGCUGGAAAGGGACAGCAGGUGUAGAGUGAGGGGGAGAGAAGAGCUGGAAAAGGGACAGCAGGUGCUGGUUAUAGAAGUGCGGAGUGAGGGGGAGAGGAGGGAGAGGAGCUGGAAAAGGACAGCAGGUGCGGUUAGAUGGAGGAGACUGUCAGCUGUAGAGUGAGGGGGAGAGAGAGCUGGAAAAGGGACAGCAGGUGCGUGGAUAGAGUGAGGGGGAGAGAGAGCGUGAAAGGGACAGAGGUGCAGUAGGUGAGGGGAGAGAGAGUGGAAAAGGACGAAGGUGACGGUAGAGUGAGGGGAGAGAGCGCUGGAAAAGGGACAGCAGGUGCGGUUAGAGUGAGGGGAGAGAGAGCUGGAAAAGGGACAGCAGGGUGCGGUAGAGUGAGGGGGAGAGAGAGCUGGAAAAGGGACAGCAGGUGCGGUAGAUGGGAGAGAGGCUGGAAAGGGGACGAGUGCGAAGUGAGGGAGAGAGAGCUGGAAAAGGGACAGCAGGUGCGGUAGAGUGAGGGGGAGAGAGAGCUGGAAAAGGGAACAGCAGGUGCGGUAGAGUGAGGGGGGAGAGAGAGCUGGAAAAGGGACAAGCAGGUGCGGUUAGAGUGAGAGGGAGAGAGAGCUGGAAAGGGACAGCAGGUGCGGUAGAGUGAGGGGGAGAGAGAGCUGGAAAAGGACGCAGGUGCGGUAGAGUGAGGGGGAGAGAGAGCUGGAAAAGGGACAGCAGGUGCGGUAGUAGUGUAGGGGGAGAUGAGGCUGGAAAAGGGACAGCAGGUGCGGGUUUAGAGUGAGGGGGGGAGAGAGAGCUGGAAAAGGGACAGCAGGUGCGGUAGAGUGAGGGGGAGAGAGAGCUGGAAAAGGGACAGCAGGUGCGGUAGAGUGAGGGGGAGAGAGAGCUGGAAAAGGGACAGCAGGUGCGGUAGAGUGAGGGGGAGAGAGAGCUGGAAAAGGGACAGGAGGUGUGGUACCUAAGAUCACACAGGACACCAGAUAAGACAGAAGAAUUACACCAGAUAGGACAGACUGACCCCAGCCCCCCAGCACAUAAACUAUUGCAGCAUAGAUACUGGAGACUGAGACAGGGGGGGGGGGGGUCGGGAGACACUUUGGCCCUGUCCAAAGUUACCCCUGGAUAGUGCCAACGAGGCAAGAUAUAACCCCACUCACUUUGCCCAAGCACAACCCCCACACCACCAAAGGGAUAUCAACAGACCACUAACUUACUACCCUAAGAAAAGGCAGAGUAAAGCCCACGAAGAUCUCCACACGAGCCCACAGGAAGAUCACGUCAGUGACUCAACCCACAAUAGUCGAGUGUAGCGAGAAAAGCCUGGCACGACGUGAUGCACCGCUCCUAAGGACUGCAUGGGAGAGCGCGAGCAUAUUAGGCCCAUAUUAGGGGCAGAGACAGCCAGGGGGGUUCGUCACUCCAGUGCCUUGCCGUUCACCUUCACACCCCUGGGCCAGACUACACUCAAUCAUAGGACCUACUGAAGAAAUGAGUCUUCAGUAAAGACUUAAAGGUUGAGACCGAGUCUGCGUCUCUCACAUGGCUCGGCAGACCAUUUCAUAAUAAUGUAGCUCUAUUUGAGAAAGCCCUGCCUCCAGCUGUUUGCUUAGAAAUUCUAGGGACAAUAAGGAGGCCUGCGUCUUGUGACCGUAGCGUACGUGUAGGUAUGUACGGCAGGACCAAAUUGGAGAGAUAUGUUGGAGCAAGUCCAUGUAAUGCUUUGUAGGUUAGCAGUAAAACCUUGAAAUCAUGCCUAGCCUCAACAGGAAGCCAGUGUAGAGAGGCUAGCACUGGAGUAAUAUGAUUUAAUUUUGGGGUUCUAGUCAAGAUUCUAGCAGCCGUAUUUAGCACUAGCUGAAGUUUAUUUAGUGCCUUAUCCGGGUAGCCGGAGAGUAGAGCAUUGCAGUCUAAUCUUGAAGUGACAAAAGCAUGGAUUAGCUUUUCUGCAAAAAUUUUUGACUAAAGGUUUCAGAUUUUUGCAAUGUUACGAAGAUGGAAAAAGGCUGUUCUUGCAAUAUUUGUAUAUGUUUGUCAAAAGGUUCUUCACAGUUUUAUUUGAGACGACUGUACAACCAUCGAGAUACAUUGUCAGAUCUGACAGCAGAUCUCUUUGUUUCUUGGGACCUUGAUCUAGCAUCUCUGUUUUGUACGAGUUAGAAGUAUAAACAUUUCCUUAUGUCCAAAACACAGGCUUCCAGGGUUGGCAAUUUUGGGGCUUCACCAUGUUUCAUCAAAAUGUACAGCUGUGUGUCGUCUGCAUAGCAGUGAAAGUUGACAUUUGUGUUUCCGAAUGACAUCACAAAGAGGUAGCAUAUAUAUUGAAAACAAUAGUGGUUCUAGAACGGAACCUUGAGGAACACCGAAACUUACCAUUGAUUUGUCAGGGGACAAACCAUCCACAGAGAUGAAAUGAUACCUUUCCAACAGGCAGGAACUUGUCCGCGUAGACCAAUUAGGGUUUCCAAUCUCUCCAAAAGAAUGUGGUGAUAGAUGGUGUUCAAAGCGACACUUAGGUCUAGGAGCACGAGGACAGAUUCAAAGCUUUGGUCUGACGCCAUUAAUAGGUUAUUUACCACAUUCACAAGUGCGGUCUCAGUACUAUGAUGCGGUCUAAAACCAGACAGGAGUGUUUCGUAUACAUUAUUUGUCUUCAGUGAGGCAGUGCUGAACAACAGCUUUAUCAAAAUAAAAUAGAGAGGAAUGGGAGAUUCGAUGUAGGCCGAUAUAGUUUUUAUUUUAGUUUUUUCAGGUGAAAGUUUGGAUUUUUCAGGAGAGGCUUUAUUACCGCCACUUUUAGUGAGUUUGGUACACAUCCGGAGGAUAGGAAGCUGUUUAUUAUGUUCGACAUACAGUGGGGGAAAAAAGUAUUUAGUCAGCCACCAAUUGUGCAAGUUCUCCCACUUAAAAAGAUGAGAGAGGCCUGUAAUUUUCAUCAUAGGUACACGUCAACUAUGACAGACAAAUUGAUAAAGAAAAUUCCCGAAAAUCACAUUGUAGGAUUUUUAAUGAAUUUAUUUGCAAAUUAUGGUGGAAAAUAAGUAUUUGGUCACCUACAAACAAGCAAGAUUUCUGGCUCUCACAGACCUGUAACUUCUUCUUUAAGAGGCUCCUCUGUCCUCCACUCGUUACCUGUAUUAAUGGCACCUGUUUGAACUUGUUAUCAGUAUAAAAGACACCUGUCCACAACCUCAAACAGUCACACUCCAAACUCCACUAUGGCCAAGACCAAAGAGCUGUCAAAGGACACCAGAAACAAAAUUGUAGACCUGCACCAGGCUGGGAAGACUGAAUCUGCAAUAGGUAAGCAGCUUGGUUUGAAGAGAUCAACUGUGGGAGCAAUUAUUAGGAAAUGGAAGACAUACAAGACCACUGAUAAUCUCCCUCGAUCUGGGGCUCCACGCAAAAUCUCACCCCGUGGGGUCAAAAUGAUCACAAGAACGGUGAGCAAAAAUCCCAGAACCACACGGGGGGACCUAGUGAAUGCCAUGCAGAGAGCUGGGACAAAAGGAACAAAGCCUACCAUCAGUAACACACUACGCCGCCAGGGACUCAAAUCCUGCAGUGCCAGAUGUGUCCCCCUGCUUAAGCCAGUACAUGUCCAGGCCCGUCUGAAGUUUGCUAGAGUGCAUUUGGAUGAUCCAGAAGAGGAUUGGGAGAAUGUCAUAUGGUCAGAUGAAACCAAAAUAGAACUUAUUGGUAAAAACUCAACUCGUCGUGUUUGGAGGACAAAGAAUGCUGAGUUGCAUCCAAAGAACACCAUACCUACUGUGAAGCAUGAGGGUGGAAACAUCAUGCUUUGGGGCUGUUUUUCUGCAAAGGGACCAGGACGACUGAUCCAUGUAAAGGAAAGAAUGAAUGGGGCCAUGUAUCGUGAGAUUUUGAGUGAAAACCUCCUUCCAUCAGCAAGGGCAUUGAAGAUGAAACGUGGCUGGGUCUUUCAGCAUGACAAUGAUCCCAAACACACCGCCCGGGCAAUGAAGGAGUGGCUUCGUAAGAAGCAUUUCAAGGUCCUGGAGUGGCCUAGCCAGUCUCCAGAUCUCAACCCCAUAGAAAAUCUUUGAAGGGAGUUGAAAGUCCAUGUUGCCCAGCGACAGCCCCAAAACAUCACUGCUCUAGAGGAGAUCUGCAUGGAGGAAUGGGCCAAAAUACCAGCAACAGUGUGUGAAAACCUUGUGAAGACUUACAGAAAACGUUUGACCUGUGUCAUUGCCAACAAAGGGUAUAUAACAAAGUAUUGAGAAACUUUUGUUAUUGACCAAAUACUUGUUUUCCACCAUAAUUUGCAAAUAAAUUAAUAAAAAAUCCUACAAUGUGAUUUUCUGGAAAAAAAAUUCUCAUUUUGUCUGUCAUAGUUGACGUGUACCUAUGAUGAAAAUUACAGGCCUCUCAUCUUUUUAAGUGGGAGAACUUGCACAAUGGAGGGCCAAGCACAGGAAGUAGCUCUUUCAGUAGUUUAGUUGGAAUAGGGUCCAGUAGACCGCUGGAAGGUUUAGAGGCCAUUACUUUUUUUGUUAAUGUGUUGAGAGAUACAAGAUAAAGAAACUUGAGUGUCUCCAUUGAUCCGAGGUCCUGGUAGUUCUGUGCAGACUCGGGACAACAGAAUUUUUGAGAAAUACGCAUAUUCAAAGAGGUCCUCCGUGAUUUGUUUUCUAAUCAUGAUAUUUUCAUCAUGAAUUCAUCCCUGCUGAAGUGAAGGCCAUCCUCACUUGGGGAAUGCUGCUUUUUACUUUUUCGACAGUAUACAAAAUGAAUGUAGGAUUGUUUUUAUUCUCAGGUUGAAAAAGUAGACUGAGCAGUAGUGAGGUCUCUCCAAGCUAGCCAGAAGACUUCCAGUUUGGUGGAGCGCCAUUUUCCUUUUCCAAUUGUCUGGAAUAAUGCUUCAAGGGGUGUCUUCCGUAUACCAGGGAGCUAGUUUCUUGUGAAUUUGUUUUUAGCGGUGCGACUGCAUCUAGGUUAUUACGCCAAGGUUAAGUUUAGAUCCUCGGUUAGGUGGUUAACUGAUUUUUGUACUCCGAUGUCCUUGGGUAGGUGGAGGGAUUCUGGAAGGGCAUCUAGGAAUCGGUUGUCCGACAAUUUUAUAGCGUAGCUUUGAUAAUCCUUGGUUUGGGGUCUAAGCAAAUGAUUUGUUGCGAUUGCAAACGUAAUAAGAUGGUGGUCCAGGAUUUUGAGAAAAAACAUUUAGUUCCACAAUAUCUAUUUCACAGAACAAAACUAAUUCCAGGGUAUUAUUGUGGCAAUGCGUAGGACCCGAGACAUGUUGGACAAAAUCCACUGAGUUGAUGAUGGCUCCGAAAGCCUUUUGGAGUGGCUCUGUGGACUUCUCCAUGUGAAUAUUGAAGUCACCAAAAAAUGUAAUAUAUUAUCUGCCAUGACUACGAUGUCGAUAGGCUCUAUACGGCCCAGGAGGCCUGUAAACAGUAGCUAUAAAAAGUGAUUGAGUAGGCUGCAUAGAUUUCAUGACUACAACCUCAAAAGACGAAAAUGCUGUCAUAAAUGUUAGCAACAUUUGCCGGAUGCGCGGGGGAUAUGGUCUCUAGGUGUAACCAGGGGGAGAGGCCUCAUUUAUUGACUAUGACUGCCUUGGAAGUAAGGGAUCUAACAUUAAGUAGUCCUAUUUUGAGAUGUGUGGUAUUAUCGCAAUAUUUUUCAAUAAUGACAGGAAUGGUGGAAGUCUUUAUUCCAGUGAGAUUGCUAAGGCGAACUCUGCCAUGUUUAGUUUUGCCGACUAAGAUCGAGGCACAGACACGGUCUCAAUGGGGAUAACUGAGCUGACUACGCUGACUGUGCCAAGGGCAGACUCCACUAAGGUGGCAGGCUGGCUAAGCUGUCAGGCUGCUGCCUGGCCUGCACCCUGUCUCAUUGUGGAGCUAGAGGAGAUAUAGACCUGUCUAUGCUAAUAGAUAAGAUGAGAGCACCCCUCCAGCUAGGAUAAAAUACGUCACUCCUCUGCAGGCUUGGUCCUGUUUGUGGGUGGAGUCCCAGAAAGAGGGCCAAUUAUCUACAGAUUCUAUAUUUUGGGAGGGGCAGAAAACAGUUUUCAAUCAGCGAUUGAGUUGUGAGACUCUGCUGUAGUGCUCGUCACUUCCCCUAACUGGGAGGGGGCCAGAGACAAUUACUCGAUGCCGACACAUCUUUCUAGCUGAGUUACACGCUGAAGCUGUGUUGCGCUUGGUGACCUCUCACUGUUCCAUCCUAACAUGGUUGGUGCCGACAUGGAUAACAAUAUCCCUCUACUCUCUACACUCGCCAUUACGUCGGUAGCCCCCUGGUAAACAAUAUAUGAUCGCUCGACGAUUCUUUUUAAGUUUAAUAUUACGGGUAAUGGAGUCGCCAAUGACUAGGGUUUUCAAUUAGUCAGAGCUAAUAGGUGGGAGGCUUCGGGGGCUCAGACCCCGUAACGGGUGGAGAAGGCUUGGGCUCUGACUCCGACUCGUUGCUUAAUGGGUAAAAACGUUUGAAAGUUUCUGCCGGCUGAAUGAGCGACACAGGUUGAGCAUGCCGACAGCAUUUCUUUCCAGAAGCCAUGAGAAAAUUGUCCAGCUGCGGGGACUGUGCAGGGGAAUUAACACUACUACUUGUAUUUACAAACGCUGUUGUAUCCUUUCCUACACUUAAAUUGCCCUUGCCUAACGAUAACGAUUGCGUCUGAAGCCGGGCUUGCAACUUGGCUAUCCUCACCGUAAGGCGAUAGCUCUUUUGCGUAUUAUGAGAAUAGCGACUGCAAUGAGAAGGCAUAAUGUUAACUAGCUUUUUAGGCUGGUGGAGGUCCAGCAGAUCCAUGUCCAGAUAAAGUGUCAGUGGUGAGAAAGUUGAAAGAAAAAAAGUAUAGUGAGGACAAAACUAAGACAUUGGUUAACUUGUUAAAUACAUAGCUUUUGAUUAAACAGUUAUUAAAAGUGAAAAGUGUGGCAGGUAGCCAAGUACCAACGAUCCGUACAGCAGCACGGAGACAACGCGGAAGUGUGAUGGAAGUGACGUCAAUGUUGUGCAAUCUUAUCUCCAUCUUCAGGCCUCUCCUCUGUGUGUCUGCUCUCUUUUAACAGUGGAACAGCCUGGGAACAGUGAAACUGUGAGCUUGCAUGACAGGACCGUUUGAAUUAAGAGCAUUUCUCCUUAGCUUGUCUACACCUUGUCUGUCAAAGGACCCUCAGAGCAAGGAGUGUCCUGUUGUUCUUUUGGAGCUUAGAAGUAGACUUAAUGUGAGCGUCGGUAUCCUCAAAACACACACAAACAGUCCUGGUCAAAUCAAAUCAAAUUGUAUUCGUCACAUGCGCCGAAUACAACAGGUGUAGGUAGACCUUACAGUGAAAUGCUUACUUACAAGCCCUUAACCAACAAUGCAGUUUUAAGAAAGAAUACACACAAAAAAAUACAAAAAAAUAUAAUAUAAAAUAAUACUAAAUAAAAGUAACAAAUAAUUAAAGAGCAGCAGUAAAAAUAACAAUAGCGAGGCUAUAUACAGGGGGUACCGGUACCGAGUCAAUGUGCAGGGGGUACAGGUUAGUCAAUGUAAUUGGGGUAAUAUGUUCAUGUAGGUAGAGUUAUUAAAGUGUCUAUAAUAAACAAUGCAAUGCAAAUAGUCAGAGUAGCCAUUUGAUUAGAUGUUCAGGAGUCGCAUGGCUUGGGGGUAGAAGCUAUUUAGAAGCCUCUUGGACCUAGACUUGGCGCUCCGGUACCGCUUGCCAUGCGGUAGCAGAGAGAACAGUCUAUGACUAGGGUGGCUGGAGUCUUUGACAAUUUCUAGGGCCUUCUUCUGACACCGCCUGAUAUAGAGGUCCUGGAUGGCAGGAAGCUUGGCCCCAGUGAUGUACUGGGCCGAACGCACUACCCUCUGUAAUGCCUUGCAGUCGGAGGCUGAGCAGUUGCCAUACCAGGCAGUGAUGCAACCAGUCAGGAUACUCUCGAUGGUGCAGCUGUAGAACCUUUUGAAGAUCUGAGGACCCAUGCCAAACCUUUUCAGUCUCCUUAAGGGGAAUAGGUUUUGUCGUGCCCUCUUCACGACUGUCUUGGUGUGCUUGGCCCAUGUUAGUUUGUUGGUGAUGUGGACACCAAGGAACUUGAAGCUCUCAACCUGCUCCACUACAGCCCUGUUGAUGAGAAUGGGGCGUGCUCGGUCCUCUUCUUUUUCCUGUAGUCAUCCAUUUUCCUUCCAAUCAUCUCCUUUGUCUUGAUCACGUUGAGGGAGAGGUUGUUGUCCUGGCACCACACGGCCAGAUCUCUGACCUCCUCCCUAUAGGCUGUCUCGUCAUUGUCGGUGAUCAGGCCUACCACGGUUGUGUCAUCGGCAAACUUAAUGAUGGUGUUGGAGUCGUGCCUGGCCAUGCAGUCAUGAGUGAACAGGGAGUACAGGAGGGGACUGAGCACGCACCCCUGAGGGGCCCCCGUGUUGAGGAUCAGCGUGGCGGAUGUGUUGUUACCUACCCUUACCACCUGGGGGCAGCCCGUCAGGAAGUCCAGGAUCCAGUUGCAGAGGGAGGUGUUUAGUCCCAGGGUCCUUAGCUUAGUGAUGAGCUUUGAGGGCACUAUGGUGUUGAACGCUGAACUGUAGUCAAUGAAUAGCAUUCUCACAUAGGUGUUCCCUUUGUCCAGGUGUGAAAGGGCAGUGUGGAGCGCAAUAGAGAUUGCAUCAUCUGUGGAUAUGUUGGGGCGAUAUGCAAAUUAGGUGGGUCUAGGGUUUCUGGGAUAAUGGUGUUGAUGUGAGCCAUGACCAGCCUUUCAAAGCACUUCAUGGCUACAGACGUGAGUGCUACGGGUCUGUAGUCAUUUAGGCAGGUUACCUUAGUGUUCUUGGGCACAGGGACUAUGGUGGUCUGCUUGAAACAUGUUGGUAUUACAGACCUUGACAGGGAGAGGUUGAACAUGUCAGUGAAGACACUUGCCAGUUGGUCAGCGCAUGCUCGGAGUACACAUCCUGGUAAUCCGUCUGGCCCUGUGGCCUUGUGAAUUUUGACCUGUUUAAAGGUCUUACUAACAUCGGCUACGGAGAGCGUGAUCACACAGUCAUCCGGAACAGCUGGUGCUCUCAUGCAUGUUUCAGUGUUACUUGUCUAAUUUAGCUCGUCUGGCUCGUGUCACUGGGCAGCUUGCGGCUGUGCUACCCUUUUUAGUCUGUAAUAGUUUGCAAGCUCUGCCACAUCCGACGAGCGUCAGAGCCGGUGUAGUACGAUUCGAUCUUAGUCCUGUAUUGACGCUUUGCCUGUUUGAUGGUUCGUCGGAGGGCAUAGCGGGAUUUCUUAUAAGCUUCCGGGUUAGAGUCCCUCUCCUUGAAAGCUGCAGCUCUACCCUUUAGCUCAGUGCGGAUGUUUCCUGUAAUCCAUGGCUUCUGGUUGGGGUAUGUACGUACAGUCACUGUGGGGACGACGUCAUCGAUGCACUUAUUGAUGAAGCCAGUGACUGAUGUGGUGUACUCCUCAAUGCCAUCGGAAGAAUCCCGGAACAUAUUCCAGUCUGUGCUAGCAAAACAGUCCUGUAGCUUAGCAUCUGCUUCAUCUGACCACUUUUUUAUUGACCGAGUUACUGGUGCUUCCUGCUUUAGUGUUUGCUUGUAACCAGGAAUCAGGAGGAUCGAAUUAUGGUCAGAUUUGCCAAAUGGAGGGCGAGGGAGAGCUUUGUACGCGUCUCUGUGUGGAGUAAAGGUGGUCUAGAGUUUUUUUUCCCUCUGGUUGCACAUUUAACAUGCUGGUAGAAAUGAGGUCAAACGGAUUUAAGUUUCCCUGCAUUAAAGUCCCCGCUGCCUCUGGAUGAGCGUUUUCCUGUUUGCUUAUUGCCAUAUACAGUCUCCGGUGAGUUUGGGUGGCGUCAGCCCCUGUGGUAUAGGGUCUGGUCUAUUUCAGAAAAUACUGUAGGAGCCAGGAAACUAAGGGAUCCCUGUGUGUCUGUCUAUUCUGUAGGAGCCAGGAAACUAAGGGAUCCCUGUGCGUCUGUCUAUUCUGUAGGAGCCAGGAAACUAAGGGAUCCCUGUGCGUCUGUCUAUUCUGUAGGAGCCAGGAAACUAAGGGAUCCCUGUGUGUCUGUCUAUUCUGUAGGAGCCAGGAAACUAAGGGAUCUCAUAUUGUAUUAAAAAGCAUGAAUAUGAGAUGGAUGCACUCUCUGCUCCCUGCCUGGGAUGAGAUGGAAAUAGCAAAGAGGGCUGAAGGAAUGGGCGGAGCUCUGCCUCUCAGUACUGCGGUCUGGUCCUCUCCUUCUGUCUUUCACUUUCUCUGUUUUUGUCCUACUUUCACUCCCACAUUUUUGUGUUUUCGAAACUUUCCUUCUCUUACCAUCCUCUUUCUCUCUGUCUCUGUCUUUGUCUCUGUCUCUCUGUCUCGCUCUCGUUCUCUCUCUCUCUCUCUCGUUCUCUCGGUCUUUCCAUAAGAUAUCCCAGAUGACGAGGCCCAGUACUGGACCAAAAAGCUGGAUCGAAUCAACACCAUGAGGAUACAUGAGGUACGUAACAUCCACACUCUGGAUCACACCAUCACCCCACUUACCAUAGCUACCUACCACAACUACCACAACUAACACAACUACUACAAAUCUCUUCCUCUUCACAUUACCACCACACCUACCACAACAGUCUGUCUUUCUCUCCACAAGGCUGUCUGGCUGCUCUCAUCCCACAUCACUGCUAGCCUCUCAACAGCUUCACAGGAAAUCCAACGAUGAUGUGUUCUGUUUUAUUUAUUUAUUUUCUUUCCUUUUUUUGUGUUUUGUUUGUCCAUUGUCCAUAAAGUCAUGCCAGUAAAGUCUUAGAACAUAGAGAACAUUGCUGUUUGUUUAGCCUCCCAGCAGCUGGGUAGGAGGUUCAUGUUGUGAAGAGGAGUCUCCUGAAUGUUUUAUUGUGGUGUCGUGUAUAGUUGUCCUCAGGAUGUAGAGCUGGGAUGUUCUCUGGCUGGUUUAGCUCAUGGAUACCACCUUGUGGUCGUACUCUGUUACUACAAAUUCAUACAUACAGCUGAUUUUACUCAUUACAUUGCAUAAUCUGAUCAUAAAAGCGGAUUAAACCCCACUGUAUUUUUGUGAAUGAAGUGAUACUAGGAUUAGGGUUAUUUCUAAAGAAAUAUGACUUUAUUGCUCUUGCUACUUACAUUAUUUUUUCAUUAAUCAUUUUAAUUUAAUUUUUCUCUCAUUUUCCAGUAUCCAUUGCAGGAAGAAGUUCAAAGAAGGCGAAUGGCGUCUGCACCUUCUCAGUGCUGUAAGUAUGGCUUGUGUGUGUGUGUGUGUUUGCAUCUGUGUGUGUGUGUGUGUGUGUGUGUGUGUGUGUGUGCGUGUGCACAUAUUUCAUUCUCACCCUCAUUGCCAUAAAAGUUCAUUCCUACAUAAUGUGCUGAAGAGAUGGCUCAUUCUUUUUUUGGGACGUCCGUGCGUACGUACGUGCAUAUGAGCGAGUUGAGUAACAGUGGUGAAACUGAUGUUGUGGACAAGCUUUUCGGAUUCUACCUUGAACAUCCGUCUUCUGACAUCUUGUCAACUUUACUGCUUUUUCCUUUUGUCCUUCGCUCUCAUUCCACGUCCUCCUGUCUCUGUUUCACAUCUCUCUUCCUGAUGUAUCCUCACCGUCUGUGAGCGUGUGCUUUUUCCUUUUGUCCUUCGCUCUCAUUCCACGUCCUCCUGUCUCUGUUUCACAUCUCUCUUCCUAAUGUAUCGUCACCGUCUGUGAGCGUGUGCUUUUUCAUAUUUGGUGAGGCACCAUGGCAUUGCACGUUUUGGUCACUUCAUCACAUUCACAAUAUUGUUUCGAUUAUUUUUUAGAUGACAGAUUUUGCUUUCAAUGUUUUGGGGAAAUGUGAUGCCACAGCAUGAUUGUAACACAAUAUCCGCUUCACUGGAAGAUGUAAUGUUGUUUUAAACAGCCGCAGUAUUCUUCACCCUUCCUUCAUGUCCUCCUCCACUCUGGUUUUGGUUUCUUGAACACUUUCUCCCUCACCACCAGGCAACUGGACUUAUUUUGGAUGGAGUGAACAGCAGAGUGAACAGCAGAGUAUGUACUUUCCCUCACAUCACUUUUAUCUGGUGUUGUAUUCCUCCUAAUGCAUUCCUCUGUUUCUUUGGAGUCCCCUUGUGACCAGUGCAUCUGGUCUGUUUGUCAUCAAGGGCUUUCAGGCACAUCUCUCUCUUUCUCUCCUCUCUCGCUCGGUCUCUCGCUCGGUCUCUCUCAUCUGCCUGGUCAAAUAACUAGAAGAGAAUGCCCACUAUGAACAAGGUGUUUCGUAGAGACCAGCUUCUCAGGUUCUCUGUAACCCCAUGUUAGCCCGCUAGAGGGCGCUCUUGGCUCUCACAGCUCAAAGCUGUACCUAGCUGGGCUUUGAGUUUAAAACGGACCUUUUCUUCUUCUGCCUGAGAUGUCCUUCACUAUUCACAUUUAAUCCUCGCUGACUUCAGAGUCUGACAGAAAAUCAAACUCAGAAUGAAAAUAUUGAAAUUAAUUUAUGUAAGCUUAUCCCACUAAUCCAUUGUUUCAUAAAACAAUAUUGAGAGAGUUAAUAAUUGAGAUCUACGUUAAUUUAACACAGCACUGGGUCUAAAUCACACCAGUCCUUGGGCUUAACUAGACUAUGCUGUUUUCAUAUGACGUUUUGAUUGAGAACAUUUCAAUUAUAAGCAUUGCGCACUAUCAUAAGCAUUGGUUAUUGAACACUGUCACUAUUAUUAUGGCAUAACGAGAGAGAUUUUAUAAUUUAUAUUCACAGCCAGACCUCCACUCUUUCCUAAAAAAAUAGUGUUACUAAUGUGGUUUGAUAGAUAAUAAUUGUAAUACAAAAUAAAUAAUUGUAACACCUUCCUGGAAAAUUAUGUUGCUAAUUGGCUUCAUAGACAGGCAGCCAUGACAGUUGGGUAAUUAAUUGGCUAGCAGGCAAGUUUAUAAAAACGUUUCUCAUUCUUAAAAAAAAAAAAAACCCACAGAAGGUGGAGAAAUGUAACCUUUAUUUAGUGGUAGACUCAGUGACACGUUGCAACGAGCAGCACCACAGAUAUUGAGAUGAGAUGCGAUGCAAGACUUGGCUCUCACACAGUCACACAGAGUAUGUAUGUGCACACGUGCGGUUCACGCUGCUACAACGUGGUAUAGCUACAGGACCAAAACACUGGAGAAGUUUAGCCUUGUGAUUCAACGCUCUUAGAUGUAGUGGAUAAUUCACCCGGUAUUGUGUCUACUUCCUGCAUGCAACGUCAUCUUGCUGAGUCCACCUUUUAACUAGGCGAGUUAGAUAAGAAAUGUUUACUUACAAUGACGGCCUGGCAAACACGGUCAUCAUUUGGAUACUGAGUUCUGUUAGUGUUUGCUGAACUUGUUACAUAUGUGUUAUUUCAUGUGUGCAUAUGAGUGUGUGUGUGCUUGUGUGAAUAUAUACAGUACCAGUCAAACGUUUGGACACACCUACUCAUUCAAGAGUGUGCAAAGCUGUCAUCAAGGCAAAGGGUGGCUAUUUGAAGAAUCUCAAAUAUAAAAUAUAUUUUAAUUUGUUUAACACUUUUUUGGGUUACUACAUGAUUCCAUAUGUGUUAUUUCAUAGUUUUGAUGUCUUCACUAUUAUUCUACAAUGUAAAAAAUAGUAAAAAUAAAGAAAAACCCUUGAAUGAGUAGGUGUCCAAACUUUUGACUGGUAGUGUAUACAGUGGGGAGAACAAGUAUUUGAUACACUGACGAUUUUGCAGGGUUUCCUACUUACAAAGCAUGUAGAGGUCUGUAAUUUUAUAAUAGGUACACUUCAACUGUAGAGACGGAAUCUAAAACAAAAAUCCAGAAAAUCACAUUGUAUGAUUUUUUAAGUAAUUAAUUUGCAUUUUAAUUGCAUGACAUAAGUAUUUGAUCACCUACCAACCAGUAAGGAAUUCCAGCUCUCACAGACCUGUUAGUUUUUCUUUAAGAAGCCUCCUGUUCUCCACUCAUACCUGUAUUAACUGCACCGUUUGAACUGUUACCUGUAUAAAAGACACCUGUCCACCACACUCAAUCAACAGACUCCAACCUCUCCACAAUGGCCAAGACCAGAGAGCUGUGUAAGGACAUCAGGGAUAGAAUUGUAGACCUGUACAUGGCUGGGAUGGGCUACAGGACAAUAGGCAAACAGCUUGGUGAGAAGGCAACAACUGUUGGCGCAAUUAUUAGAAAAUGGAAGAAGUUCAAGAUGACGGUCAAUCACCCUCGGUCUGGGGCUCCAUGCAAGAUCUCACCUCGUGGGGCAUCAAUGAUCAUGAGGAAGGUGAGGGAUCAGCCCAGAACUACACGGCAGGACCUGGUCAAUGACCUGAAGAGAGCUGGGACCACAGUCUCAAAGAAAACCAUUAGUAACACACUACGCCGUCAUGGAUUAAAAUCCUGCAGCGCACGCAAGGUCCCCCUGCUCAAGCCAGCGCAUGUCCAGGCCCGUCUGAAGUUUGCCAAUGACCAUCUGGAUGAUCCAGAGGAGGAAUGGGAGAAGGUCAUGUGGUCUGAUGAGACAAAAAUAGAGCUUUUUGGUCUAAACUCCACUCGCCGUGUUUUGGAGGAAGAAGAAGGAUGAGUACAACCCCAAGAACACCAUCCCAACCAUGAAGCAUGGAGGUGGAAACAUCAUUCUUUGGGGAUGCUUUUCUGCAAAGGGGACAGGACGACUGCACCGUAUUGAGGGGAGGAUGGAUGGGGCCAUGUAUCGCGAGAUCUUGGCCAACAACCUCCUUCCCUCAGUAAGAGCAUUGAAGAUGGGUCGUGGCUGGGUCUUCCAGCAUGACAACGACCCCAAACACACAGCCAGGGCAAACUAAGGAGUGGCUCCGUAAGAAGCAUCUCAAGGUCCUGGAGUGGCCUAGCCAGUCUCCAGACCUGAACCCAAUAGAAAAUCUUUGGAGGGAGCUGAAAGUCCGUAUUGCCCAGCGACAGCCCCGAAACCUGAAGGAUCUGGAGAAGGUCUGUAUGGAGGAGUGGGCCAAAAUCCCUGCUGCAGUGUGUGCAAACCUGGUUAAGACCUACAGGAAACGUAUGAUCUCUGUAAUUGCAAACAAAGAUUUCUGUACCAAAUAUUAAGUUCUGCUUUUCUGAUGUAUCAAAUACUUAUGUCAUGCAAUAAAAUGCAAAUGAAUUACUUAAAAAUCAUACAAUGUGAUUUUCUGGAUUUUUGUUUUAGAUUCCGUCUCUCACAGUUGAAGUGUACCUAUGAUAAAAAUUACAGACCUCUACAUGUCUGUAUGUGUUAUGUGUGUGUGUGUGUGUGUGGUUAGUGUGUGGUUUACUUGGGUCAUCAUUCCCCACUGUGUUAAUCAACCCCCCCCCACUCCCCUACAGCUUAUGAUGACCGCGACAGUGCGGUGGAUGAUCGUGACAGUGACUACAGGAGUGAAGGGGGAAGCCAUCAUCGCCCCCCUCGGUACCACACCACUCCCCAGCCCAACUCUUCGGUGCACCAGUACCCCAUAGGACACAGGCGGGUGCAGCACCCAUCCCUCUCCAGAGACACUGACUCCAUACACAGCUAUGAGCUGGACUACAGAGAAGCCAGGGGGCACAGGUACACAUACACACACACACACACACAUACACACAACCACACACAUACACACACAUACACACACACACACACAGUGCCUUCGGAAAGAAUUCAGACCCCUUGACUUUUUCCACAUUUUGCUAGGUUACAGCCUUAUUCUAAAAUGGAUUAAAUCGUAUUUUUCCCUCAUCAAUCUGCACACAAUACCCUAUAAUGACAAAGCAAAAACAGAUUUUUAGAAAUGUUUCGCACAACAAACAACCAAAAUGAAAUAAGACAUUUACAUAAGUAUUCAGACCCUUUAAUGAGUACUUUGUUGAAGCACCUUUGGCAGCGAUUACAGCCUCGAGUCUUCUUGGGUAUGACGCUACAUGCUUGGCACACCUGUAUUUGGGGAGUUUCUCCCAUUCUUCUCUGCAGAUCCUCUCAAGCUCUGUCAGGUUGGAUGGGGAGCGUUGCUGCACAGCUAUUUUCAGGUCUCUCCAGAGAUGUUCGAUCGGGUUCAAGUCCGGGCUCUGGCUGGUCCACUCAAGGACAUUCAGAGACUUGUCCCGAAGCCACUCCUGCGUUGUCUUGGCUGUGUGCUUAGGGUUGUUGUCCUGUUGGAAGGUGAACCUUCACCCCCGUCUGAGGUCCUGGGCGCUCUGGAGCAGGUUUUCAUCAAGGAUUUCUCUGUAAUUUGCUCCAUUCGUCUUUGCCUCGAUCCUGACUAGUCUCCCAAUCCCUGCUGCUGAAAAACAUCCCCAAAGCAUGAUGCUGCCACCACCAUGCUUCACCGUAGGGAUGGUGCCAGGUUUCCUCCAGACGUGACGCAUGGCAUUCAUGCCAAAGAGUUCAAUCUUGGUUUCAUCAGACCAGAGAAUCUUGUUUCUCAUGGUCUGAGUGUCUUUAGGUGCCUUUUGGCAAACUCCAAGAGGGCUGUCAUGUGCCUUUUACUGAGGAGUGGCUUCCGUCUGGCCACUGUACCAUAAAGACCUGAUUGGUGGAGAGCUGCAGAGAUGGUUGUCCUUCUGGAAGGUUCUCCCAUCUCAACAGAGGAACUCUAGAGCUCUGUCAGAGUGACCAUCGGGUUCUUGGUCACCUCCCUGACCAAGGCCCUUCCCCCCCGAUUGCUCACUUUGGCCGGGCGGUCAGCUCUAGGAAGAGUCUUGGUGGUUCCAAACUGCUUCCAUUUAAGAAUGAUGGAGGCCACUGUGUUCUUGGGGACCUUCAAUGCUGCAGAAAUUUUUUGGUACCCUUUCUGAGAUCUGUGCCUUGACACAAUCCUGUCUCGGAGCUCUACGGACAAUUCCUUCGACCUCAUGGCUUGGUUUUUGCUCUUACAUGCACUGUCAACUGUGUGUCGUGACUUGACUUUAACAUUAAUCUGAAGACUGUUAUUUAUCUAAUUAACUAAAUAUGUUUAAUUGUUACCUGACUAAAUGAAUCAUGUAACAAUUAACAGAGGAAGGCCCUCAAAAUUGUCAAAGACUCCAGCCACCCUAGUCAUAGACUGUUCUCUCUGCUACCGCACGGCAAGCGGUACCGGAGUGCCAAGUCUAGGUCCAAAAGACUUCUCAACAGCUUCUACCCCCAAAGCCAUAAGACUCCUGAAUAGCUAAUCAUGGCUACCCAGACUAUUUGCACCCCCACCCCAUCUUUUUACACUGCUGCUACUCUGUUAAUGAUUUAUGCAUAGUCACUUUAACUCUACCCACAUGUACAUAUUACCUCAACUACCUCAACUAGCCGGUGCCCCCGCACAUUGACUCUGCACCGGUACCCCCCUGUAUAUAUAGCCUCCCUACUGUUAUUUUAUUUUACUUCUGCUCUUUUUUCUCAACACUUUUUUUGUUGUUUUAUUCUACUUUUUUAUUAAAAAGAAAUGCACUGUUGGUUAAGGGCUGUAAGUAAGCAUUUCACUGUAAUGUCUGCACCUGUUGUAUACGGCGCAUGUGGCCAAUAAAAUUUGAUUUGAUUAACUCAUUAGGAUCAGGGGCACCACGAGAGCGGUUCUUUAAAGAGUCACCAUCUCCUGAAUUAAACUCUGAAAGGUCUUUACCUAUCACAUCUAUAAACAGGCAACUUAUUAAUCAUAACCUCGUAUCAUAUCAUCAUUCUGAACAGUCGUAACCUCCUUGCAUCUGCAAAAAACCAGAGCCUUACUUAUGAUUCAGUGCUACACAAAUUGGUUUAAUUAUUUUUUUUACUAGCUAAUUAAAUGGGAACACAGGAUAAACACACACACUCUGCACCGGUUAUUGGCUGGAUAAUUAAUACGCUGAAAACAGGUCCCUAGCGGAAUGACAACAACAUGGAUGCUUGUUAAAGAAGAGAUGGAGAGGGAGAAAGCGGGACAGAGACACUUAACAUUGCCACAUUCAGAAACUACUCUCACCUACAGUAACCAUAUACUUUGCACACAAACCGCCGCCCUCUUUGAUCAAGAAAUCAUGAAUGUAUUUACGUGACAUGCCUGGGUUCGCCGGGGAUCUCUGGGUGAACGGGGCAGCCUUGGAAAGGGGGUUGGGCCCUUUCACGGCACGCUUGUAAGGCUCUGAUUGUCCGAAAUGGUUCUAACAACUCUUCUCCUGUUGUCUUUCUUCGUAGUCGUGAACAGAACUACAGAGUUGAUUUUCCUUCUAUUCGCUCUUGAAGAUGCUUCUUUGAAGAUAGGCUAGCCAGCCGUAUCGAUGGUUCCCCAGUGGGGUGAUGAGUAGCAUAAUACGAUGGUUUGAGCAAAGUAACAGGAUGGUCCUACUUAAAUUCGCUUUACUUAGGACAGCUAAUCAGCCGUACCAGUGAUUGUCUGGGAGUUGAGUUUAUCGUCUCCACCUCGUGUUGAGAUUCAAAUUUCAAACCAUUUUAAACGUGCAGCUGCAGCUUCACGCUUUUCUGGUCUAAUGUGUUAAUUCGUAACCCAUCAUUUAGACCUUUUGCUCGAAAGGGGCGGUUCCGGCAGGCUGGCAUGCUCCCUGACCUCACUUCGGAGCAAAGUUAUGGAAAACAAUUAUCUCUUAUAACUUCUCAAAUCACAUCCCUGUCUUAACAGAAACACUUUCAGCAUUUUUCAAAUUACAUGCACAACCCAUAGUAUGGAAACUUCAUCUAUGUAGUGGGUAUACUUUCCAAGUUACAGUAUUUCCUUUUAUACCAUUUUUAAGGACAUCACAAAAUAACAAACAAAAUGACAUUACUGUUCUAUAGAUUGCCUCUGACCAUUCCCCAUGUUCUACGUUAGAAAUAUUGUUCGAGUAUUCACUUUUGAACGUGUUAAGAGUUUCAGCGGGAAAAAGGGUCUGUUGAGACCAAGCACAUUCCUUUGGUGAGUUUGGAGAGUACAGGCCUGGAUCUUCUCCCUUGAUUUACAACAGGACGUGAGUUGUUAAUCCCCACUAGUUCUUUCCUUCCCCCUCUAUGGGUGAGAGGGGGUCUGAUUUGAAGUUAUUCAUUGCAAACCUGAUCUGAAAAAUUUUGGAUUCUCGUGGUCAGUCAUGACAUGUGAGACCUUAUAUAGACAGGUGUGUGCCUUUCCAAAUCAUGUCCAAUCAUUUGAAUUUACCACAGGUGGACUCCAAUCAAGUUGUAAAAACAUCUCAAGGAUGAUCAAUGGAAACAGGAUGCACCUGAGCUCAAUUUCGAAACUCAUAGCAAAGGGUCUGAAUACUUAGUAAAUAAGGUAUUUCUGUUUUUUAUUUUUAAUAAAUGUGCAAACAUUUCAAAAACCUGUUUUUGCUUUGUCAUUAUGGGGUAUUGUGUGUAGAUUCAUGACGAUUUUUAUUUAUUUAAUCAAUUUUAGAAUAAGGCUGUAACGUAACAAAAUGUGUAUAAAGUCAAGGGGUCUGAAUACUUUCCGAAUGCACACGCACAUAAGCACGCACACACAGGCAUGCACACGCACACAUACAACGAACACACACUCGCAAUAGGUUGCCAGGUAACGUUGUUUACUGGUGGUUUGAAUUGAGAAUAAUGUCUGUAAAAGGAAAUGUGAUUGGUUCUGAACUAAUCAAUUUUGUCCGAUGUGCAGAAAAAACACAGCCUUAGAUGGUUGUGUAUAUGUAUUUAAUAACUCCUGCCACAACAUUUAUGGUUGUCAUCUUGAAUGAAAUUACUGCAGAACAUUGCAGAACAAAUGUUCUGAUAUUAGGGAAAAUGCAAAAUAUCACCACCACAAAUGCAUACAACUUCACCCAGCAUUUUAAUUUCUGUCCUUUUUGAUUUGUUAUUCAUUACUUUUAUAAUACUUCACACUGUCUUCUUGAGAAUGUAUUUAUUUUAUCACUGCUAACCUUUGUUUAUAUUUGUCUUCUUUUGCAUGAUUUUCCAUUCCUCUCUGCAUGGCUCUCUCUCUCUCUCUCUUUCUCUAUCUCUUCAUUUCUGUCUGAGUGUAGACGGUCCAACAGUAUGAACAGGGUCAGGAUAAUCCCAGUAGACUCAGGUAUGGGUGUGGAGGACUGGGAGAGCCAAUACAAGAUGGCAGAGAGUGGAGUCCUGGAUGACUACCUGGAGCCGGAGCAGAAGGAGUGGGAGGAUGAGGACAAGACCAUUAUCUACCGUAUCAGCAGUGGGCCUGGAGGAGAGGCCAAAGGCUCCAGGUUCUACCAGACGAUGGAGUGUGAUGCCAUGUCUCCUGGGGAGGUAGAGGAGGAAGAUGGCACUGGCAGGCGGCGGAGGCGUGGCUUCGGCAGCGGGGAGGUGCGUCUGGUCUAUAAGGAAGCCGGCAGCUUCGAGGACGAGACCUCGCCUCCUGAGAUCGACAUAAUCCCCUCCGUCAAGCAGCUCCGUCAGAAGCUGAACAUUGAGGAGGGGCUCCUAUAUAAAACCAGGAUGUGGGCCAAGACAUCGUUGGGGGAUACACUGGAGAACUACGCAGCCUUCCGGGAGGAGGAGGCCGCCAGGGAGGAGGCUGCCAGGUUCAGGGGCAGGAGUGAGUACGACUCGCUGGGAUCUGAUGAGAUGCAGUUCUCCCUGGGGUCCGAGGGAGAGCUGGAUGACCUGACGUUCCUGGAUGGGGAUGUCACUUAUGAAUAUGAAAGCUACUACUACCCAGAGGGGUACACGUCCCCGUAUGGAGGACAAGGACUGGGCUACUAUCCAGGACAUGGACUGGUGGAGGAGCCUAAAGAGGAGGUAUACUAUGACACAGUGGAAGAACUUCAGAACCUGGUACACUCCGUGUCUGAGUAUCUAACUGAGAAGGAGGAGGAGAUCAGCAAGUAUGGAUCGCUGCCUAAGUCGACUAGCAGGAGGAAGCUUCCUGCAUUGCCAACCGGAGCGAAACCACCACAGUCUGAGGAGGCUAAGAGCGAGGAGGCUAAGAGCGAGGAGGCUAAGAGCGAGGAGGAUAAGAGCGAGGAGGUCUAA